AUGCGCAUCGCCACCACCCUCUUCGCCACCUUGGCCUUGGUCGCCUCAACCGUCAUCGCUGCCCCUGAAAACAAGCACGGCCACAAGAACAACGGUCCCAUCGUCAUCAACAAGAAGGUCCUCAAGACCUCCUCCGUUCCCUUCAUCCCUCACACCGGUACCGCCCUGUUCACGAACUGGGUCGGAUUGAACGUCGACUACAAGUACAUCCAGCCCAUCUUCCAAAAGGUCAACACCACCGCCUCCCUCGGAAACGGCACCCUCAUCUCCCGCGGCGAGUCCCACAUCACCAUCAUCACCCCUCCAGAGUACGACACCAUCCUCUCCAAGGUCGGUAUGACCAUCCACGAGCUCAACGCCCUGGCCACCAAGAACAACCGUCUCCAGCGUGCCCAUUUCGAUAUCGAGUGUCUCGGACGUGUUCAGACCGUCACCCAGCCCGAUAACGUUUUCCAGCAGUCGGUUCAGUUGAUUGUCAAGAACUACAAGGAUAUCGUGGCCUACCGCACGGAUGUGUUCAAGCUGUUUGUGAAGAAGGGUGGUAACCCCGCCUUGUUUGCCGCCGAGAACUUCCAGCCCCAUAUUACCUUGGGUUUCAAGAACAGGGAUUUGUUUGUUGAGGAUGGUAUCUUCAAGGGCAAGAACGCUUGCAUCCACAAAGUCCAGCUUAAGUAA